AUGCACAAUUUCGCAGUAGAUAUUAAAGCUGUUGAUCAAUAUGAACUAUUUUAAUUUAAUAAUUUGAGUACAGAUACAGGAGAAGAUGAUGAAUUUGAAUUAGGGUAAAAUAUAAAUAUUAUUGUUUAAGAGUAAAACCUAAGAAAAAAUUAUUUAAUUCCUCUAUUGAAAAAUAAUUGUUUAUUGAAGAGUAUACAAAAAAGAAAAAGACGGAAUUAUGUAAAAACUUUAUGUUAAAAAACACUUGCAAAUUUGGAUUGGAAGUAAUAUUAAAUAUUAAUAUUAAAGUGUUCUUAUGCUCAUGGAUAUUCAGAACUUUUACCGAAAGGUCAUCUACAUAAAAAUUACAAGACUAAAGCAUGUAAGAAUUUUCUAAAUAAUGGAUUUUGCAAUUAUGGGGCGAGAUGUCAAUAUAUACAUCCAGAAAAUACAAUAAGCAUUAAAAAUCUAGAUAAAAAAAACUACAAUGAUAUAUAAGCAAAUAUUCCAAAAAUAACAGAAAAUAAAUGCCAAUCAAUUCAAAAAAAAAAUUUGCUAAAAAAUAUAACAGACUUUGUCACCUAUUCAGAAAUAUUAUAUAAAUUCAACUUUUCUCCGAAACUCAGUGUAUCCAACUUACCAAGAUUAAGGUUUUUUAGACAAUUAAGUAAGAAAAAUAUUUGCUUUUUGUCUCAUAAAUCUGAUCUUUGA